AUGGCACUCCUGGCUCUGGCCCACUUCAUGUACCAGAUGGUGGGAGCCACCAUUUUCCAGAUGCUGGAGAAAGAAGCAGUGGGCCACAACCACUUCCAGCUAGAGAAGCUGCACUUCCUGGCAAACUGCACCUGUGAUGACGAUUCCAAUGGGGUCGAUUGCGCGUUCACAGGCCCUACAAAUGAAAAAACCCUGAAGCUAGUCAUUCUUUGGGAGCUGCGUCAUGCGCCUAGAGGACAUCGGCGCGCACCUGUUCCAAGCGUUAGUUUAGCCUGUUAUAUUUCUCCGGUCAUCUUUUCACUCGUUAUAGGAGUUAAAAACAUCAUAAGCCUGUCUCGCAUCCCCUCUAUCCUGAUGUUGGCGGUACUGUACGUGGCCUAUGUGUUGAUCGGAGGACUGAUCUUCUGGAAGCUGGAAGGAGGUCUGGUCCGGCAGGAUAUAGCCCGUUUACUUGAGGUGAAGAGAUCACUACUAGACACAUACCCCUGUCUGAACCAAGAGGCCCUGGAUGCUAUGGCUCAGGUAAUUCGAGAUUCUUCCAAGGUUGGGCUUAGUCUGAAAGGGAACCAGACCAUGGACAGCUUCUGGAAGUUCACUAGCUCUGCUGUGUUUGCUGCCACUGUGGUCACCACUAUAGGCUAUGGCAACAUGAGCCCCAGUACAACGGCAGGUCAGAUCUUCUGUGUGUUCUUCGCUCUGUUUGGGAUCCCUCUGAACAUGGUGGUGCUGAACAGAGUAGGCAAGUACAUGCUGGCCAUAGAGAGGAACGCCUGCGAUUUCAUCCAGGGAAAGACCAAUCACAGGAAGUUAAUCAGGUUCAUGAUCCACCUGUUGUCCUACCUCUCUGGAACGGCACUCUUCUUUGUGAUGCCCAUGGUGGUGUUCAAACAGCAAGAGGGCUGGAGCUACUCACAGGCAAUCUACUAUUGCUUCAUUUCACUCAGCACCAUUGGCUUCGGAGACUACGUCGCAGACAGUAACCCCGACAAGUACUAUCCAGAGUGGUACAGCGUCCUCAUGGCCUCCUGGAUCUUCUUCGGCCUGGCCUGGUUGGCCCUAGUCAUCAACCACACCGGCGAAAUCCUGGAGCGGCUCAACACCCACCUCAAACACUGGUGGAGCCCUGAGGAACCUAGCAACGCAGGACCGGUGGAUGAGGUCAAGGAGCCCCCGGUGGACGGUUAA